AUGAUAAUGACUGUGGCGGCGGAACAAGCGAUGAAGUAAUAAGUUCGGCAGAUGAAGAGUCUGGAGGUGAUGAUUCCUCGACGGUAAAAGAUAGUAAGAAGCGGAGAAUGAUAAACGAGUCAAAUUCAUCCAAUUCCAAAAGUGGAAGUUCCACUUACGUUCAGAGUAAUCAGAUGAAUUCUGGAACCUCGAAAACUCAACAACAAAAGUUUUGUGUAGUCGUGGUGCCACCACCUGAUCUCAAGGCUAUAAUCGAUAAAAUGUCUGCAUAUGUGGCAAAAAAUGGACAAUCUCUAGAAGCCAAAGUUAGAGAAAAACACAUAGAUGAUCCUCGAUUUAGCUUUUUAUUACCGUGGAAUGAGUUUCAUCCUUACUAUAAAAAGAAAAUUCAGGAUGAAAAGUUGACAUUUGAUUCGGUUGAAAACGGUCCCGCGAAGACCAGCGAUUCGUGA